CUGAUUGUGGCAGUAGACAUGAGUGUCGUGUGCGGCAAUUUAUUAUUUUAAUAUUACUCUUUUACUAUUGUAAUAUGUCUCAGAGUUCAUAUUCACGGGUUAAAAAAUACAGACAUUUUCAUCAACUGAAGAAAAAAGAAUCUGUAAACGUAGAAGGCGCUAAAGAAAAAACUCCGGAUUACAGUGAACGCAAUAAUGCCGAUGAGGAAGAGUUGGUCGGGUGGUGAUGGUGAUUGUGGCUCGUAUAAGCAUCUUAAUGAUUGCAUCAGUGAAUCCAAUAGCAGCGUUGGAGACAGGGAUGAACCAAUUCUUGGGGGCUCAGGUUGUGAUGGUGAUUCAGAUGACAUUGACAAUGAUUUCAACAAAGUAUUCACUGACAGCAUUGGAGACAAGAAUACACAAACUCUGGACAAAUUGGAACCGCGGGGAAUGGAGCAAAAAAUUAAUCAAUGGGCAGUGAAAUUCAGAAGAGCUACAACAGCAGAAGCAAUCGAUGAAUUGUUAGCCAUUUUAAGAAGUGAAGGUUACACAUCAACGCGUUUCAUUGGGCAGAAUAUAUAUUAAUAUAUGAAUAUUGUUUAGUAUUCGGCUGUCAUUGAAGUAUUAAUUAUAUUUAUUAUAUUUCUCCUGGCGAGGUCGGAAAUCCAGAAGAUGGAAAUAACAAUUGGAAAAUGUGAUGUAUCUUAGCAUAAUAAAGUAUUUUCUAUGUCAUUUCCUCAUAAGUUAGAUCACGGGAAUAAAUAUCCGUUGUUGGUUCAGGGAUUAAAUAUUAUGUCCAAAAGUUUAAAGGGAAAAAUAAUAAGUGGAUUUUUAAUUUUUAAGAAAAAUUCUAAUGAAAGUAAUUUCAGCCAUUGAGAGCUGUUUUCAGUAUUUGGUGAUUCAAGUCAAAUAAUAUUUAUAAGGUUGAAGUUUCACAAUCGGACUGCGUCCAUA